GGCUCGAAACUGAUAUCCGAACGGGUUAUGUUGGGGUUGGAGACAGGUGUGUGUACGACAGGCGUUGCUUCUUUUCCGUGAAGAAGCCCAAGAACGUGUGUUAUAAGAGCAUCGUACGUGGCGUAACGCGUGCUGCUAUAAGAUCCUUAAUUAAGACGAACAGGACGAAGUUCCAGAGCGACAACAAAGCAAUGUCGUCGCGACAAGCAUUCGUCGACUGCGACCUCGAAGAAGGCUAAAUGUAAAAAUUAUAUAAUACUUAUUUUUAUUUUCUACCAAUGGAUACCAUCAUGUAGAAUGUAGAAGCAGAAAAGGAGAAGAUGACACCGCAUUUUACAACACUAACUCCAGUGCGGAAGCGAUGUGUAAUCGUGCUGGUGCUAGUUUUGGUUCCAUGCGUGAUUCUGAAUCUGCUGACACCAUCAGACAUGCGUGAAGAAGCCAUAUUGCAGAACAGCAUCGCUGAGUUGCAGGCCAAACUGGAGCAUUUGUAUGCCAAAUACAUUAGCAGUCAGGAAGAAAUAAAUUUGCUGUCGCAUCAGUUGCUACAGCUGAUUGAGAGCAAUCACAUUCUACCAGAUCUGCAGUUGCUCAUCAACAAUGGCACCUCCAACGUCACCAACAUCAAACUGCCUUCGAUCUACAAUUUUCUACCACAUUUUCUUAAUGAUCCGAAUAGUCUGCGUCCUGCGUUUGUGCAGAGCAAAGGUAGAUCUGGAGUAAGUAUGGUGUUGGGAGUACCGACGGUAAAACGCGAGGUUCAAUCUUAUCUUAUGGCGACUUUGAAAAAUCUGCUGGAUCGUAUGAACACCGCAGAGAUCGCUGAUACACUCAUCAUUGUUUUGGUGGCCGAAACAGACAUUGAUUAUGUGACAUAUGUUGCAAAGCAAAUUGAAGUUCAAUUUCCGAACGAAUGCGAAGCUGGCGUGAUCGAUGUGAUAUCACCAUCAUUAUCCUAUUAUCCUAACUUAUCAAAAUUACGUGACACUCUCGGCGACGAUCAUCAACGUGUUAUUUGGCGGUCCAAGCAGAAUCUAGAUUUUGCUUUUCUUAUGUCCUAUGCCCAAGCUAAGGGCACGUUUUAUGUACAAUUGGAAGAUGAUAUUUUAGCUAAGAAGAAUUUUAUAACUACUAUGAAAUCUUUUGCGUUACAGAAGAUAGGUACAAAGGAAAAUUGGUUCGUCCUCGAUUUCUGUCAGCUCGGUUUUAUUGGAAAACUGUUCAAAUGUGUGGAACUUCCCUGGUUGAUUCAAUUCUUUUUAAUGUUCUACAAUGACAAACCUGUUGAUUGGCUAUUGGACCAUUUGAUAUCGACAAAAGUCUGCAGUCUUGAUAUGGACCAUAAACAUUGCAAAAUGGCUAAAGCAGAGUUAUGGGUACAUUACAAACCUUCUCUCUUUCAACACAUAGGGACGCAUUCCUCCUUAAAAGGAAAAGUGCAGAAACUCAAAGAUAAACAAUUUGGCAAGAUAACGCUAUUUUACGCUCACGAGAAUCCUGAGGCAACUGUGGAGACUCAAAUCAAGCCUUACAAACAAUAUACAUUACAAAAAGCAUACAAGGGCGAGUCAUUCUUUUGGGGCUUGCUACCUCAGCCGGGAGACCAUUUAAAGUUUAAAUUUUCGCAUUCUAUUUUUAUAAAAAAGUACUUAUUCAGGAGCGGAAAUCCUGAACAUCCUUCUGAUAGAUUUUAUAAUACAACCGUGGAAGUAUUAGCCGAGAUGUCUCCGUUAUUAGAUAGAAAUAGCAAUGAUGUGACGGAGGACGGUUAUGUUAUUAUAGGUAAGUUUGAUGUACUUGGUGUUGCCGAAGGGACUGUGGAUCGAAGACUGGGUAAGGUUUCGGUACUUCGUUUAACUAUACAUAGUGAAAGUGAAAACUGGGCCAUUCUAUCGGAGGUAAAAAAAAAUCCUGAUAAUAGAUUUAAGAUUAUAAUAUUAGAUCUCUCCUGUGCUCUAAAGAUACAAUUUCUUAUUUAGAUUCACAUAGUAGAAGAUCAGCCUAGCUGAUUAAAGGAUGAAGAUUCUCGAAUGAUCUUUCGAUACCACCUGCAUGGUUAGCAUAAGCGACUGAUUAUUUUAUAAAUGUUUCUUAAUAAUUUAUAUAUUUUUUUAUUUUGCUGUCAUGUUAUACAUUUAAAUGGAUCAGUUAAUUCAAUGCCGUCCAUUACAAAAGAGAAAAUAUGUUUUAAUGAAUAUGUUUAAUAUAAUCGAAGCCGACUUUUAGGUCGGUCGAGCAUUUUAAUGGCUUCUGUUUUAGUACACGUGGCGCUUGUUAAAGCGCAAAAAUCAAGUCGUAAUGUAAUAGAUUUGCUUCUGAUAUUCACACUUUUGCGAAUAUCCGGUUUACAAGUGUAUACAAUGGCACACUGUUGAGUUUGGAACUAUAUAGCGUAAGUGUUUCUUGCUUUCUGUAAGAUUGUAUUUUAGUUCGGAAUUUAACUGACCUGUACCUGUUCGCGCGUCUCGAUUCGCUUUCGAUUAGAGUCCGACCGAAACUUUUGCCAAAACUGAACCAAAACAUUUUGCUACAUGUUAAUUUCAACCGAAAC